GCGCCGGAAGUGCAUUUACGGAGUGAGACAAAGGAGAGAACGCAGGUGGGCCUGCUGCGGAGUACGCUUUUGAGUGAGAAGCAUCGGGGCUGCAUAGGACGCAGCUGUUGCCAUGACGGCCCAGGGGGGCCUGGUGGCUAACCGAGGCCGGCGCUUCAAGUGGGCCAUUGAGCUAAGCGGGCCUGGAGGAGGCAGCAGGGGUCGAAGUGACCGGGGCAGUGGCCAGGGAGACUCACUCUACCCUGUCGGUUACUUGGACAAGCAAGUGCCUGAUACCAGCGUGCAAGAGACAGACCGGAUCCUGGUGGAGAAGGUACAGAGCGCUGUUGGGACAUCGCCUUGGGUCCCCUUAAACAGAUUCCCAUGAACCUCUUCAUCAUGUACAUGGCAGGCAAUACUAUCUCCAUCUUUCCUACUAUGAUGGUGUGUAUGAUGGCCUGGAGACCCAUUCAGGCACUUAUGGCCAUUUCAGCCACUUUCAAGAUGCUAGAGAGUUCAAGCCAGAAGUUUCUUCAGGGUUUGGUGUAUCUCAUUGGGAACCUGAUGGGUUUGGCACUGGCUGUUUAUAAGUGCCAGUCCAUGGGACUGUUGCCUACACAUGCAUCAGAUUGGUUAGCUUUCAUUGAACCCCCUGAGAGAAUGGAGUUCAGUGGUGGAGGACUGCUUUUGUGAACCUGAGAAAGCAGCACCUGCUGCCUAUGUAUUUGGGUCUUUACAUCCUUCUUUAAGCUCAGUGGCUCCUCAGCAUACUCUUAAAAUCAUCACUCAUGUUAAAAAGAACCACAAAGCUCUUUUCUCCAUGGUGGGGUGACAGGUCCUAGAAGGACAAUGUGCACAUUAUUAUAAACACAAAUAAACUAUACCACAACCCCUGACUGAAAAUAAUGUAGAAAACUUUAUUUCUGUUUCCAGUACAGAGCAAAACAACAAAUAAAAUCAUAACUCUAUGUAAACAAGAGAAUAACUGCUGCUAAAUCAAGAAGUGUAGCAGCAUAUCCUUUCAAUAAAUUAAAUGGUUGAGAACAAUGCAUAAAAAAA